AUGGCUCCCAGAACGGUUCCUGGAGUAUACUGCACUCCACGACGGGACAAGGAAUACACGCACUUCUGGCCCAAGAUUUAUCUUCAUUGGUUUAGGAGAUGGCCUGAGCAAGCUAUCCUCUUCCCCGGUAUCCCUAAUAAAACAAUGUUAAAAAAGGAGCAACAAACCGCAGAAACUCAUGCCGAGGAUUCACAUAAAAUUCAAUUACAGACCUGGUUUCAUUGGCGGACGAAUGCAUCCAAGAAAAAUUGUGGCUUAAAGAAGGAUACGUCCAUCUUUGAAGCUGCACUGGUACUGAAGUCGCAGGCAAAAUCUGCUGAAGAGAUAUACAUGGACAUGGUCUAUAAUGAACAGAUCAAACCUCUCAUCAAGGCCGAACAAGAGGCAGGUAACAUAAGUACAGCUGGCCAGUGCAUGGCAUUGGGCCAAAGGUUUUGCAAGGAGCUCCUGGAAGACGAGUCAGACAAGGUUAAGGAGGAAGUGAGAGAGAAGUAUGAUAAACAGACAAAGGUAAAGAGGGUCAUGUUAGACGAUGAAGAUGACAACGAUGAAACUGACACUGAUGCCAUUGUAAAAGCUAUCGAUGAUUUACCAAUCAUAUGCCAGCACUUUGCACGUCUCAUCAAGAAAAAAACUCAAUUCAUAGUCUCCUUCAUGUGCACUGGACCAGAGCUGAGGCAUGAUUGGGACAUCGUUUCAUUAUUAUGCCAUCCAUCAGAAACCCCCGCUGGGAGUAAUUUUUCUCAAUUGUGCCCUGACAAGGACAACACCUUCCUUACUCACCCCAAUACUCGUCCAUCAGCUGCGAACGAGCAUGACCCGCUACUGCCAGGUGUUGGAGAUGACAAUGAGCUUGAAGAGCUUGAAGGAUGUGACAAUGGUGAAAAGGAUGGAGGAUGUGAUGGUUCCAUGGAUUGGAAUAUUCCAGGCUUUGGUAAUACCAAAGCUGGCAUCAGUGAUGCAUCAUCAUUCAAUGAACUUGAUCAAUCCCUGUUUAACUCUGAGGCCCAAUCUAAUACAUCAUUUGAACAGGCCCAGCCUGAUGCAUGGUCAGGCUUUGGUAAUACUGAAGCUGGCAUCAGUGAUGCAUCAUCACUCAAUGAACUUGAUCAAUCUGUGUCUAACUCCGAGGCCCAAUCUAAUACAUCAUUCAGACAGGCCCAGCCUGAUGCAUCACUCGCGCAGGCUCAACUUCACGCAUCAUUCAAUUGGCACAACAUUAGUACACUGCCUCCUGAUCCAACUAGUGUGCCUGGGCUGAACAAGGUGUUCGGGUCAUCGUUUUCUCAUGCUGAUCUUAUAGCAAUGGGGUUUUUGGGUGGCGGUAGCACCAUGCCAAACCCAUUUCCCCCGGCAUUCAGCUCAUUAGCACCCUCACUCACCGAUGCUAGGAGUACUGUACCAGGAUACUAUGACACGCAACACGACACGUGA